GGCAGGUGCCGGGACUUGAAGAAGGUCGUUCCUUGCCAUUGGAACAGAUCAAGAAGACUUUGAUGGGCUCCGGAGAAAAAACCCAGCUCCUCCAAAUUCCCAAGGUUGACUUCCGUGGGUUGGAUCCGUGCAACCCCGGCGGCGAUGGGUGGGAGUCGGUGCGGGUACAGGCGAUGCGGGCGCUGGAGUCGUUCGGGUGCUUGGAGGCCAUCUACGAUGGGGUGAGCCCGGAGUUAAAGGAGGCUCUCUUCGGGCGGGCGAUGGGGGAGCUGUUCGCGCUCCCCCUGGAGACCAAGACCCAGAGCGCUUCGGACAAGCCCUAUCAGGGCUACAUCGGCCAGAUCCCCACCAUGGCCUACGAGAGCCUACGCGUGGACGGCGCGCCCGACCUUGAGAAGGUUGAGGAAUUCGCCCGUCUCAUGUGGCCCCAGGGAAAUCCCAACUUCUGCCAAACAGUGUGCAACUUUGCCAAGCAAGUGCAGAAAUUGGAGCAAAUAGUUGAGAGGAUGGUCCUACAGAGCCUGGGUGUUGAUAAGUAUUGGACUUCUCAUACAGAAUCACUAGCAUAUGGGGUUCGGCUAGCGGAGUAUGGGGUUCCGUUGGAUCAGGAAACUAAGAUUGCCAUGGGUUCCCAUCUAGAUCCAAAUAUGAUGACCAUAAUAUGCCAGCAUCAAGUUAAAGGACUUGAAGUACAAACAAAAGAUGGUGAAUGGAUCGUUGUAGAACCCUUCCCAAACUCCUUCACUGUCAUGAUUGGUGAAGCAUUUGGGGCAUGGACUAAUGGAAGACUGCAACCUGUGCAUCAUCGUGUAAGGAUACAAAGCAAUCAGAAAAGACACACUGCUCUUUUUGGUUCUCGACCAAAAGAUGGUUCCAUGGUACAGACCCUAGAAGAACUGAUAGAUAAAGAGCACCCUUUGCUUUAUAAGCCUUAUAAUUAUAAUGACUACCUCAAAUUCCGGUUCUCCACUGAAAGAGAGAGAGCUGAGGAUCCGUUGAGGGCCUUCUGUGGCAUAGAAAGAAUUGGAUUGGAUGCCUGAGCAUCCCAGUUAAGCAUGUUUUCGUUGUGUUGGCAUGUAAUGUAUUGAUCAAACCUUUUUGUUGUGCUGUCUUUAGUUGUGUAUCGUUUAUUUGGCCAAGGAUAAUAAGAUGGAGAUUUAAAAUGAAUUUGAAUAAGGUAACUACUUUGUGAU